AUGGGCACCGUUCCCAAGCCGCCGAAAGGCUAUUUCAAUAUCCUCUAUUUCGCAAGUGCAAGUUCUUUCACCUCGAAAGAAUUCGAUACAUUACCUGCACCACUUUCUCUGCAGAAGUUGUUCGAUGUGUUAGAAGAGAAAUAUAGUGGUAUCAAAGACAAAGUUCUCAAGCCUGGCGACGAAUCUGCCGAAACUCUGAUCAAGGAGGGCGAUGAGGUCGCUAUUAUUCCCCCAGUCAGCUCUGGCUGA